AUGGCUGGCAAAUGCCAGUACUUGCACGUUAAUAAAAAGGUUGAUACGCCUGUCUGCAAGUCGUUCGAAAAGAUUGGAUUUUGUGAUAAGGGCUCUACGUGUGAGAAGCUUCAUUACACUGCUCCGAUACGGCAACUCAAGCGGGAAUCCUCCGACGACUCGUCUGGUGACAGUAGCCAACCAGCAGCUAACCCAAAGAAGCGGGCCAAGGUCCCGAGCAAGGCGGAGAUCGAGCGGAAAUUGGAUGAAGAAUGCAUACUGGCAUGGGAAGCUGGGAAGCUCAUGAAAAU